UCUCUAUCUCUUUAUCUCUCUAUCUUUCUCUCUCUCUAUCUAUCUCUAACUGCAUAUUCCUCGGAUACGCUCACACACUGGAAUGCUUCUUGAUUCGCUUGAGUGGUUAAUGAUCGGAUCUCAUGCACGGGUUUUUAAAUGCACUAGUUUAUGAAACUCCGUCAUUUAUAUAAAGAGCUGCUCUGUGGAAUGAGAGGGAUUCUCACUCUCAUGCAAACAGUGUCAGCGGCAGGGUCAUCCGCACAUAAGCAGCUCAUGUAGCGUCUCGGUGCGUCUCCAGACGAUUGGAAACAAAGGGAAAUAGAUACUGCGACAGUCUUCACACAUCCCAUAGCAUCUGUAAACGCACUGGGCAGCUUCACAUGUGAUGUGUUCAUGUGUAAAGUACAUUGUUAAACAAUUCAAAUGGAUGCAGGUGUGUUUUAACCCUGUUGCAUGAGAUUGCAAUGUGAUUCUAAAAGCAAUGUUCGUGCCGGCUGGUGGAGUUCAGCUCCCUAUAGCGACCCCAUCGACUCUCAGCGAUGUAUUUAAUCUUACACAACAACCCUGUCCAGUAAAUCCAAGAAACGUUUAGAAAGAUGUUUCUCUUUCUCUCUCUCUCUCUCUCUCUCUCCCUCCCUCCCUCUCCCCCUCUCUCUCUCUCUCUCUCUCUCUCUCUCCUUCCCAACUUUCACUGUCAUUAUAAUAUCAUCACAGCUCGGUUCCUGAUUAUCAGAGGAAGUCGAGACAGCAUCAUUUCAGAGAAUAACAAUAACAAUACUGAUACAAUACUAAUCACCGCUGCCUGCCUGACUGGCCACUCACCACAAACCAAGGCAGAGGAACGGGGUUGGAGAGACGGGAAGAAGGGCAACAAACCCCAUUUGUGUAAGAAAGACAUGGACUCGAGUUUUUUUCUGGAAGGGUUCAACGCCACGCUGGAAGGGGGCAGCUAUUUGGAGGGGGGCAGCGGCUGGGUGGCCGCGUUCCUCUGCCUGAUCAUCCUCAUCACCACCGUGGGAAACUUCCUCCUCAUCCUGCUGAUCUUCACGCAGCGCUGCCUCAGGAACACCUCCAACUACUUCCUGGUGUCUCUCUUCAUGUCCGACCUGAUGGUGGGCUUGGUGGUCAUGCCCCCGGCCAUGCUGAACGAGCUCUGCGGGAGAUGGGUGCUGGCGGGCGGCUUCUGCUCCGUUUGGGUCUCCUUCGAUGUGAUGUGCUGCAGCGCCUCCAUCCUCAACCUGUGUGUCAUCAGCCUGGACCGCUACCUGCUCAUCAUCUCUCCGCUCAAAUACAAGCUCCGCAUGCGCCCGGGCCGCGCCGUGAUGCUCAUCCUCGCCACCUGGACCCUGGCGGCGCUCGCCUCCUUCCUGCCCAUCGAGAUGGGCUGGCACGAACUGGACUUCGAGAUCCAGGCGCCGAACGGGACCGACCCCUCGCCCGCGCCCCACCAGCCUCCCUCCGCCCCGGAGGACGAGGAGCAGUGCCGGCUGCUGGUCAGCCUCCCCUACGCGCUCAUUGCAUCCAGUCUGACUUUCUUCCUGCCUUCCAUCGCCAUUUCAUUCACCUACUGCCGGAUACUGCGGGCCGCCCGGAAGCAGGCGGUGCAGGUGGCCUCCCUCACUACUAACGUGGCGUCCACCUCCGACGCGCCCGUGCAGGUCCCAAGGCCGGCACCCCAGUGCGCUGCAGGGACGAGUGAGAGCCGCAAGCUGGCCAGCAAGCACAGCAGGAAGGCGCUGAAGGCCAGCCUGACGCUUGGCAUCCUGCUGGGCAUGUUCUUCGUGGCGUGGCUGCCUUUCUUCAUGGCAAACAUGGUACAGGCAGUGUGUGAUUGCAUCUCUGGCAGGCUGUUUGAUGUUCUCACCUGGCUGGGUUACUGUAACAGCACCAUGAACCCGAUCAUCUACCCACUGUUCAUGCGUGAUUUCAAGAGGGCCAUGGCUCGGCACCUGCCCUGCUGCCCCCGGGCCUGGGAGCGCCGGCCCAGCCUGGUUUCUCUCUCUGUGCGCAAUUCCCACAGCGCCCACCGGGUGGGGCUGUCCCUGAAGAACAUGGUGACCCUGCCGGGCGAGAUCGAGUCUCUGAUCUCCGACCCCUGCGACCCCACCGUGCCCCUGCCCGGCAACAAGGACUCCCCGGCAACCGGCGCCGACUCCGUCAACCUGUUCGACGUGGAGCAUGCUGGGAAUGAGCUGCUGCCCAACCAGCUCCACACAGCCUUGGACUGAACCACCCGGGGGGUGGGGG